UCGUCUGACACCUACCCAUUCAGGCCAUUGGGUCGUUAAAACUCGUCCUAGGUGAUAGCAGGUACCGGGUUGCGAACCCUGUACCUACCAACCUUAUGUCCGAUGGCUUAACCACGACACCAUCGAAGCCGGUUGUGAAGGUCAAUCGUUUUACUUCUUUGAUUGACCCAUGGAGUUACUUCCCUUGGUUCACUCAUAAGGAAAGAAAAGGUGCAUUUCGCGCAAUAUUUACGAAGUAUCGUAAUGCGGAAGAGAAUAGAUAAACUGUCAAAUCAUCAAGUUCUAAAACGAAAAUUUGACGAUGUUUCCCCAGACAAGAAUGUACAGAAAACAGAUUUUACAUCUCGAGAAUGGAAAAGAUGCGCAGAAGGAUUUGAAGACUUUGAUCGUGUUAUUGAGACGGGAACAAAGGAACAAACCCGACAGUCAAAGAAGAGAAGUGUCGCUCACGGAAGCGCAUUCAGUAUUGGAAGUGGCUUUGAUGAUCUGACGCACACACAUGAAGCAUUAAGACAGACAUACAGUCCUGUAGACGACAUUUCAUGGAAUUCCAGUGACAGUGGGGAAGAGCAGGAACCUGGUAACCAGUCAACACAUGAAGAAAACACUGGAUCCCACAGAGUUCCGAGUGAUAAGAAACCCACAUUCCAAAGCCGAAUUUACCACAACACAAGGUCACAAAGAAAAAGUUGAAAUAUGCCAGAAAUAAAAAGUCGAAAAAAAAUUCUGUACCGUGUUGGAGAGGAGAGAAGGAUGGUGAAGAUAUCUGUGUCCCUUCGAGUGACUCUGGAGAGGAUGAAACCAGCGUGGAGAGACUGGCAUCUGUUAACACUGUCUCCUGUCCACAGAUUAAUGAGAUUAAUGAGUCAGAGAGAAGUCCUGUAAGAUUAGGAAAUCAAGAAGAAGGGUCUAAUGUUAAACAGUGUACUACAAAUAGUGCCAUUUCUCCUGUGAUUCUGAGCUGUCAGUCAAGUCAGUCAAGUCAGUCAACCAAUAGUACAUCACCAAGCACAGGAAUAAAAGCCAGUGAUUGGAUAAAAAAUGUCCAUUGGCAGACAACUCCAGUCAAGGGAAAUGUCACUGUGGAUGAAUCUGCUACUGAGGUGGAUUCGGCAAAGAAGAAAAAGCAAAAAUUCAAAAAAGGUGGGUUUGCUGAACAGAUGUCUCGUCUUCAGAAUCGAGAAAAGUCGUCCAUCAGAAUCUGGGCACAUGAACAAGAUGAAACAUCGUCUUCACCAGGGAAUUUCUCAAAGGUGUUAUUUGUUCAUGUUCAGAGAUUCGAAGUACUGUUUUCUUUACAACUAGCUCACUGUUUGGUAAUGGAUGGUGGCAGUGAAGAGACUCCAGUGAAAGUUGAGAAAUGGCGAAAUGCUCUUGUGUUGUUUUCCCGACAGCUGAUGGAACAGUUGCAAAUUCAAGUGGGCACUGUUCUCCGACUUUAUCCACCAUGGCAGCAGCUAGAUGGGCUGCAUGGAGAACAGAGUAUUUUACUGUGUACAUACUAUGCCAAGGUUAUAUCACAGCCAGAUGGCACAGGGGUGAAUGCUGACAACCCGACACCCAAACAGACCAAACAGACUUGGUUAGAGUGGAACUGCCCUUGUCUAAGUGAUUCGCAUCAGGAUCAUAAGAUGUGUCCAGCUCAUGAGUUUCCAGUGAUGCCAUCCACACUGAAAUAUGAAAAGAGUACAGAAGAAAGCAUCACCGGCCCAACAGCCUUGCAUACUAUCACAGCCAAUGAGAAAGCCGCACCAGUCAUAUCGAAAUCAUUGCUGGAAAGCAUUGAGGUGGCCGGAUUACAUUCACUGAGACAUUUGUGCUUCAAAGCUGUCAUCCACAGAAUAUUCAGUUACCAUGACAACCAAACAAAAAGAUUUUCACUUCUGGUUGAAGAUUACCAUGGAACAGUUGCGGUUAUUGCUGUCCCUAGUUACCAUGGUAAUGAAGAGUUGUGGAAGCUGGAAGGAAAGUCGGCUUGUUUCUCUGGUGUUUUGGUUGACAGCAGGAGAAACCGUAAUAAAGACCCAGGUUUGUUUUCCGUCAUCGAUGUCGUGUGGUCUGGUUUGAACACCGCGGAGACCAGUCAGGGCAGUGAGCUGUCGGAGAAAGCCAGUUCUUCACACAAGCCUUGCAGAUCACACCCUCCUCCGGGAUUUUGUUACUACUUGAAAUCUGACGAUGAUUCUUUCUCCUUUGAUACGUCCCCUGAAGUCUUAUCCUGUUACAAGAAGUCUGAGCUUAUCUCUUUAAAGGAAAUUUCACAGUGUGAUCUUCUAACUCGAAAAAGUUUCUUGGUGAGGGUGAUAUUCCAAUCUGAGGAAAAUGAAAAUGCCUUGUUACAUUCUCAGUCUCCUAAAUCAUCGUUGCCUUCAAAAGGGAGACAACUGUUGUAUAUCACAGACAGCUCUCUUCAAGACGAGACAUCCGCCUAUCUAACUAUAGCCCUUAGUUCAAAUCAGAGUGUUGAUAUGAAAAUGACUAAAAACAGCACAUCAUUAGCCUUCUUCAAAGAUAUACUGAUCGAGGAAGGUAAAUGCCAGAUAGAUGGGUACUCUGAUAUCAUUGACAUUCAGAGUGAGAGAUGUACAGUGAUCGACUUGCCAAAGAAAACUGUAGAAGAGUUGCGGAGUCUUGAUAUCAAACUACCAGAGAUAUCAAACACCUGCAUGGAACACUCACUUGUCUCCGUUUCAGGACACAUUGCUGAUGUGGAUGACGAGGCAUCCUAUAGCUGGGAAGUUUGUGAUCAGUGUCAGAGUGAUAAACUAGCAACCACCCCACACACACAUGAUCUGUUUUGUGUGAAGUGUCAGAAAACAGUUUCAUCACCUGUUACCCUGUUAAAGAUGGAGGUUUAUGUACAAACUACACAGUUAGCUUCCAACUGUAAACUAAAGGUUAACCUCUUACAGUCAACUGUUAAACAUUUAUUGCCACAGAGUCAGGAAGAGGAGGGUUAUGACAUCAGUUGUAUUUUGCUGGAAAAUGUCGGACCGCUGUCAUGUUUCAUUAAAACUGUCACCAGAAGUGAUGACCUGCUGGAAAUAUUUGCUCAAGAAAUCAAGACAUGAUUUGUGAUCCCAAAGAAAAAUGUGAAAGGUGCAUGAUCAUUAUUCUGUGAAAAACAUGAGAAACUUCUGACUACGGAUUAUUGAUGAAUUGGGUUUCCUUCAUCUAUUCAUCUUUUUGAAAUCAUGCUUAUUUCAUAUUAUUUUAUACCACAUAUUCCAAAAUUCAAUAUUCUUUAUUUUAGUUUACAGGUAAAAUAAAUUAUUUUUUUAAAGAUAGUACUGUAGUUCCUUUUAUCAUACUUUUAAUGAAAAUGUAAAAGAACUUUGUCACUUAAAAUGUACAUUAUUUUAUUAACCAUAUGUUUA